UAUCAUUUUUUCCUCUCAUGCUGUAGUGUCUCGUUGCUGAAUACUAAAACACUACUCUGGCAGAGAGUGAACUGGCAAUAGGUGCGCCUUUCCCACUUGCCAUCGGAAAAAAGAGGUGACAUACUCGCAUACAAUUCGGCUCAACUUGGGUGUUGUUGUCGUCGUCAUCGUCGAGCAUGUCGAAAGCAAAGCUUUCCGUUGGUUGGGGGUGCAAGCUAUACGUGAUCAUUGCGGUGAUUUUCCCGCCCUCUAUCUACAGUAUGACAAUACUUCGAGUGGCCAGCUGGGUAAGUUUGUCUCGUUCAGAUUGAGCACGACACGCACAAAGUCAGUGCUUAACCGCUUCUAUACAGAUGCCUUCGUUCCUAAUGGAUGUCUCGUUUCCCAACAUAACAAAAAGAACCUCUUGGCUCAAGACUAUGUGAAAGAAUACAAAUAUCCAUGGACCAGAAAGACUCCAGGAUGUCUCGAAUGGGAUCACAGAAAGUCCUUGAUUGUAGACAAACUUCUCGAUAAAAAAGCUCAAAUGGACAUUGUUUGCUUGCAAGAAGCUCAAAUGGAUUCAUUUUCUGAUUUAUUGAAAGACGUUUCACCCGUAUUUGAUGGUGUGAUACAAAACGUAACAAGGGGUCAUAAUGUUGGUGAGUGCUCCUUGGCCUGAACUUACCUCCUUUUUAAAACAAUAUUUCACGCAGCGGAUAUUCUCACCAUCACGAUAUCUCGGGCGUUUACUGUUAGGUACUGCUGUGUUAAUAAGGAAUUCAUGUAAGCUAAAGUUGAAACGAGUGGAAUCAAGAUCAAGGGCAUUGAUUGCAACGUUAGAGGACAAAGACACCGAAAACAAUCUUUACAUUUGUAGCGUGCACCUUGACGCAGACAAGAGCACAGAUCCGAAAAAGAGAGAACACCACCAAAGUCAACGUCGAAGUCAACUCAAGUCCCUACUGAAACGAAUCAAUUACGCAUGCAAACAGGAGAAACAAAUAAUAAAAGAAGCACCAAUACUUAUUGCAGGAGAUUUCAAUAUGCUGAGAGAAAAUCCUUUGAACGAAUUGCUCGUCGAAGGAAGUUUGACAACGUCCCCAAGUGCAUAUGUAUCGCUUCGGGAUGCCUACUUGGAAGCAGAACGACACGAUCGGUUUUCUAUUCCAGUGUAUCACCAGUCAGUAUUGGAAGGUGGGAAUGAUAUCGGGGAAACGGCAAGUAAUGAAAAGCAUCUCGUGAAAACCUAUAAAGGAGGAGCAAUUCUUGAUUACAUUUGGACAUCCGAUGAGGUUAAAGUUGUUGACACGCUGUUGUACCAUCCGGAUUCGUCAACUGUAGGGACAGAAAAAUGGCCAUGCCAUGAUCAUCCGUCUGAUCAUCUUCCUAUUGGCAUCGACAUUGAUUGGAACUAGGAAUGCGCGUAUCCCAAUGACAACAAUUUUGGACCUUGUUUCUUUCAUCAAUUUAAGAUAAGGGGAAUAGUUUUUUUCAAACUGCUGGACGAAUUGAAUAUAUUCGAAAAUAUCAU